AACAGAUCCGAUUUGUGAUAAACUCUGAUUCAUGUUAAUGCAACGCAUAUUUGAACUGUAAAACUCUGCAGCAAUGCAUGUAUAGGUUAGAAUAUGAUAAUUACCUGAACGAAGUAAAGCCAAUAGACAGAAAGCUUAAAGCAUAAAAUAAAGGAACGUAGUGCGGCAAAGCCUUGGAAUGUCAGUUGCAAAACAAUGCUGAUGUGCUUAAACAGUAGUUUGGAAAUAAUGCUCACACUCUAUAUCACCACCAUAUUCCAAUGUUAUAGAUCAUUGUACGUAAACUUAAUCCCCCGACUGCUGAGUGUCUUAUUCACACAAGGGAAACUGAGGGCAAGAUAUUAAUUGAAACAUAAAAAUGAUCGAGUAAAUAUCUACAUUAAAUAUGUAAAAGCCUCUGGUCCUUUAGUAUUAUGAAGUCUGUUAAAUAUCAUUAUAAUAUAAUUAAGCUUAAGCUGAUGCUAAAGGUCGUGAUAUUAUUAUCUCUCGAAAAACUGCAUUCCCUUACCGGACAUCGUUUAAUGAGGAGAUGCUUUGACAAACUGCCUCACAGGUUCACAUGAAAAUAAUUUUCAGCAAUGUUACAGGCAGAAAAAGGCUUAUCUGAAAUUAAAUACACAAGAAAAAGCGUUUAAUUAAAGCAGUUUCUUUGUAAUUUAUUGGAUUAUUUGGUAAAUAGGUAUAAAGAGUAAAGGAAUCAUAUGAAACGACGGAACAGCACACCCUGUAAUUGCUGGAUUUUAAUUUUUCUGGGAAUGUUUUUUUUUCAGAAUCUGCAUAUACUUUGUUGCAAUAUAUAUUUUUCACAUAAGGUUAAUAUCAGUUCGACAUAAAUUUAUACGAUUUAAUAAAUUAGAAGUGGUACAUGUAUUAGAGGUUAAAUUAUCUAUGAAACGAACAUAAUCUAAUUGUAUAUGCAAUUAAGGAAUCAAAAAUAGUAUUGCUGAUCAUAUAUGCGAGCUUUGCUUAAAAAUACAAAUGAAGGGAUGUUAUUAGUGACCAAAUCUUGUUCAUUGAAAGGACUCAAUGUGUAGUUUUUAGUAUCAUAAAUUUUCCUCUGUAAAACGUAAAUAUACUGUAGCGCUAAACGACGAUGACAUCAUAGACCACUAGUAUGCUGGACAAAAACAUUCUUUGAGAAAUCUUCUGAUGAUUCCUUUCGUAGAUAUCUUUAACUUAGUUUUUACUGAUUGGAUUUAUCAAUUUCAAUAGGAGAAUCUGCAUUACAAAAUAGUUUACCAAAAUGUAAAUGUAUAAGAAAAAAGCAUUUUUAAAAUUGUAAUAGAUAUUUUUUUCUAUUGAUUUUAAGUUCUGACCACAGUGUCGGGGCAUUAAGCAGAUCUGACACACUCAUACAGAUAACAAGGGUAUAUAGAUACAUAUAAUUAUGCUAAUCGACUAUUGUAGUGAUAGAUUAUCAGCCAGAUUAUCAGCCUAUUUCUAUUUUAAAUCGAACAAACUGCGCCAUUAAAUAGACAUUUGCUCACUUAAUAUCAUUAUUCAGUCAUUUUCGUCAUUUUUUGAUAUAUAUGGAUAUUUUUUUUUUCAUUUUAUGCAUAAUGAAUUCCAUCCUUUUCCAUAAAAGUGUUUAAUCUGCUAGAAUAAACAUUACUUUCACUAAAUAUAUCAAUUUUGCAAUCAUAACAUAGUUUUCAAAGACGUUGUCACCUGUAUUAUUUUUUAUUUUCUCUUAAGCCGCCAUAUUUAUGACGUCAUAACUUUUUCCAGUCGCGUGUCUUGAAAGAGAUACAUGGGAAAUUACAAUAACUCACUUCAAUCUACAAUGUGGUAUAGGUCUCUAUAUUUCUCGAUAUUUUUCUCACGGCGGCUCAUAUUCCCACAAUUUGACAUGCACUAUAAAGUACUUGAAGUUGCGGAAGUAUUUCAUUCGAUUAUAUUUCCUGUAAGACAUCUUCCUUGUUUUGUGAAAUAUAAAAUGGAAAAAUUGUGUAUAUUAUUUAUGAUUUUUCUGGCUUUGAAAGGCAUUCGAUGCUCGGACGAGGAACAGGGAAAAUUUACUUAUCCAUCCUGUGUUGAAAGUGAACUUUGGGUGCCUUUUAAAGGCAAGAGUAAAAGUACGCUUUUCCAAGAAAAUAAUACGGGCAUUGUAUGUAAACGGUACUGCUUGUCGUUACAGUACAAAUUAGCUGGUACAAAGGGGAAGUUUUGCUUUUGUGGUAACCGCCUCAAAAAAGGUGUAAACUUUAGCACUUGUUCCAAGAAAUGUCCAGGAGAUGAACACGAAUCUUGUGGAGGGCAGUACGGAAUUUCACUUCAUGACACUGGGUUUCAUGAUGAAGGAACAACCGUAGUUGACAUGACAACAGAGUCAACACAAACAACAACGGAAACUGCAGAGACGGCUUUACCACAUUCAACAACAAAAACUCAAUCGAGCACAGAAGCAGCAAGUACCAGAACUCAGAUCACUGAGGAAAGCCUGAUAUCUGGAACUAAAGAUACAGCGAAAACAGAAAGUUUGUCGAAAGAAAUUGUUUAUAUUGCCGUUCCCGUUGUAAUCGUAGUAUCUGGAGCCAUUGCUGUACUCAUCUGCCUAAUCGUGAGGCGACGGCGAGUUAAACGUGAAUGCAGUGUCAGAUAUCAUACAGACAAUCCUCAUCCACCCGGUCAUAAUUCUGAGGUUGACAAGAACGCGGAAAACGACAGUCUCAUUGAAAACCCUAAUGAUAACCAGCUGAGUACUAAACUUCGGGUAGAAAAUUCAACCUCAGCUGCUGACAGUGUUACUGAAUACAACACAGUAUAUUCAGCCGGAAGUCCACAAUCCGUAAACACCUACAGUUGCUUGAGGACACAUCCAGGUAUCGGUCUGACAACAUCGUCAGAGUAUUCCCAUAUGAAAGUAAUAACAACAACUAAUCCUAUUGCAAUUUGCACGGACAACACGUAUUCGCAUAUCGGAGAUGACAGCGAAAUUGGUAAGAAGUCACGAGAACAAUCAACCGAAAAUGUAUCAGAAAGAGACAAUACGUAUAACACUCUACAAGCUAGCCCUCAGAAGCAUGCGGUAGACAAAAUUAGUAGAUCUGAAGGGGAUCCAGAUACUGUAUACGACCACGCAACCCAUGCAGAAGCGGGUGUUGGAUACCAGAAGGGAAACACUGCGGACGAAUAUGAACAUUUGAAUUCUAUAAAAACAGGAACGGUUACAGCAGGCCAAUGUAACAUUGCGAGAGAGAAAGUAAAUCUUGUAUGUGAAUCGCUGGACAGUGAAAGCAAUGGAAUGUAUGAGGAAGCUGGACAUAAUUAUUUCAUUCUCGAGCCAAAAACAUGAAACUCUGAAUGAGAUGAUAAAUUGCUUCUUUAACAAGGAUUCUGAAAAAUGCCUUGCUCUCUUUGGACCUCCUUAGCCAAUGGCAAAACUUCCUAUUAAACUCACUGGAACGAAAACGGAAAUGAAAACGUAGAUUAGUAGUAUGUAGAUGAUAUAGAGAUAAAAUAUAAAUGAUCGAAAGAUCCUUUAGAAGGAAAAUGUAGAAUCCAAGCAAACUAAUAGCCGACACAAUAUAUUACACCGUGGAGGCACAUCUAAUCCAAGUCUAGGAUGUAUUUCACCGUUAUAGACUCGUGGUACUAUAAACGUUUAAAUCUACCCUUCAUUAUUGACCUGUUCUUAACUAGUAACCAUUCAAAUAUGAAGUUUUUGUUCUUAAAACAUCAGUAAAACACCAUCUUGUCAUUUUUCCCGAACCUUUAAAUCCCACGCAUUUUGCAAUGGUAAAAAUUGAAUUAGUAAAACAAUCAACUUUUGAAUAACUGAAAUGAGCCGCGCCAAGUGAAAACCAACAUAAUGGGUUUGCGACCAGCAUGGAUCCAGACCAGCGUGCGCAUCAGCUGUUCGCUUUUAAAGCCUACUGCAAUUAGAGAAACCGUCAGCGAACAGCAUGGAUGCUGACCAGACUGCGCAGGCUGGUCUGGAUCCCUGCUGGUCGCAAACCCACUAUGUUGGUUUUCCCAUAUCACGGCUCAAAUGUGAUGGAGCAAGUGCUAUAUUUAAGAGUACUUUGAUCAAAGCUCUGUUUGACGUUGUCCAGUUUAUUAUAAUAUAUACAUAUUCA